GUGAUACACAUCAUAUGACACACAUCACACUUUGGACUCUUUCAAUUGAAGUGCACUGAAACGUUGGUUCUUUUAUAUCUACGGUUUAUAUGUGUCUUAUGGCAAGAUCGUCCGUCAAUUUCGAUCAGAUAUGUUUCCUUCUUAUAUGUGUAGGAGCAUGUGUGUCCCAUUGCAAAGACAUCCGACACUCUUUGGAUGAUGACCUUUUGUUUCCUUACACCAACUCCCAUGGCCCAUCUCACUCUCAUCGUCAUGUAAGGGACUGUCAGCCCAUUGCUCAUGGCAAAGUGACCCAUGAAACUUGUACAGCAAGCAAGGACUCCAACUCCCCAGUGUUUGAGUCUAAGAUAUUCAUCUCCGACAUCGACUCGAGAUGGGCAAGUGGCCACAUCACAGUGGUCCAUGAUCCACUGAAAACUAUAUCCAUCCUGGAGCCAGGGGGUCCUGGGGGGUGUGAGCAGAAUCACAGAGAGCUAGUGGAACUCACCGCCAAAACUAGAAAAUGCCUUGUUGCUCAAAAUGGAGGCUAUUUUAAUACUACAACUGGACAGUGUUUAGGCAAUGUUAUAAGUGAUGGGAAACUGGUGCGGAACAGUGGAGGAGUUCAAAAUGCACAGUUUGGCAUCAGAAAGAAUGGAACGCUUGUGUUUGGUUAUCUAUCCGAGGAAGAUGUUUUGGAUCAAGUCAACCCUUUUGUGCAGUUGAUCAGUGGUGUUGUAUGGCUGUUGAGAGACGGUAAGAUCUACAUCGAUGAGAGCACCAAGGCAGAAUGUGACAAAACUCAGGAGACCGGACAUUUUCAGGAAUUUGUGGAUGUUGUGUCUGCCCGCACUGCAGUGGGUCACGAUGAAAAGGGAAGACUCAUUCUCUUCCACGUCGAUGGUCAGACGAGAACCAGAGGAAUGAACCUCAGGCAAGUAGCAACAUUUCUGAAAGAACAGGGCGUCAUCAACGCCAUCAAUCUGGAUGGAGGUGGAUCGGCCACCUAUGUUCGUGAUGGAUCUCUUGCCAACUACCCCUCAGAUCACUGUACAGAACCAAUGUGGCGCUGCCCGCGGUUGGUAUCCACUGUGCUGUGUGUUCAUGAGAGGCUUUGCCAGCCGGAGGACUGCAGCGGGCACGGACGCUGCGUAGAGGGCGUGUGUGUGUGCCGGCAGGGCUGGAAAGCACCAGACUGUGCCAAUCUCACAUGCCAGGACGCCGCAUGUGGCGAUCACGGGAUUUGCACUGAGGAUGGGUGUGUAUGUGACUCUGGAUGGAGGGGUUUAAAUUGUAGCCAAGUAUGUGAAUCAGGUUUCUAUGGCGACGGCUGCAAUCAAACAUGCGCAUGCGCCAACGGGGGCUCAUGUGAUCCAGUUCACGGGCGUUGCACCUGUCCUGCUGGUUUCCAUGGAGAUUUGUGCAUGCAAGCGUGCCCUAUCGGCUUCUACGGGCUGAACUGUGAGCAGCCAUGCCAGUGCCAGGACAUGUGCCCAUGUGACACUGUUACUGGGAGCUGCAACAUUACAUAUGAGGGAGAAAGAAACAUCAGCUUGCACAGAGCUGGUCAUUGUCUGGCUACUCUGAUGUGGAGGGAAUGGAGACAAACAGAGGAAGGUCAUGCUCCCAGACCUUAUUUAUCUGAACAAAGCUGGUUGGUUGUCUGCGCCAUCCUGGCAACUUCACUGCUGGCCAGCCUCACCGGUAACCUAAUCCAGACGUGCCGAAAAUGCGAAGCGCGCACGAAGAGGGAGGGCUACUCCUACUUGCCGUUGGAAGAGAUCAACGGGGCAGCAGAGCGUGGCAGAGGUCAGAGGACAAAGCCUGGGAAAAAUCUCUUUCAGCCAGAAGACUGGGACUCGCAGGACUCCUCAUAAUGAGACCGUGUUACGAAGUGCGUGCAAAUGGGCUCACGCCGCUGUGCCAACCACCAGAGGCCUGAGAGAAACUCAGUGGGCACUUUUUUGGCUGGCAGAGAGAAGUGGGCAAUGUGUCGUGGGUUUAAUCUACAUUAGCACAAACACUUUGUCUUUCAGGGGAGGAGAAAAAGGAUUUGUUUGUUCCUGCUUUGAAUCGAUGAGCUUUUGGAAGACGGUCAUCUUGUUUGGAUCAGGACCAUCUAAACUGAAAAUAAGGGACAGGAAUGGGCGUUGGUAUCCAAACAGUUGUCUGCUCACCCCAGCUUCAGCCAACUCCGUUCAAAUGUGCCAAGUGCCCUGGUUGUGCAGUCUGACUGCAUUUUGCACAUCAUGUUUGUACUUUGAUUUCAUAGCAGCUGGUUGAAUUCAUGUUAAAAGUAUUACAUCUUUGACCUAAAAAAAUUAAUUUGACCUUCAGAAUAAGAGAACCAAGAUAAACGGCAAUAACAACACCCAGAAAGCCUUUUUAUUGAGUGAACGAGCAAUUUGUUCCCGUGUUGCCAUAGUCACAGACAAGUUUCAAACUUUUUUUGUGGAAUCCUUCCUGCUGUAACUUGCCAGACUGCUAUUUUGAAGCAUUUUUAUUGAAUGAUUUCCUCCUUUGCGCCAGAGGUCAUUCAGUUUAUUUAGAUUCCAAUAUCAGACGCUUUUGUUUCCGUAUAGGCUUUGCCAGUCGAUGUCUGCAUGUCUUAUCAUGGUGCCUUAAUGUUUUGCAUGUUGCUGUAAAUCAUCCAUCGAAAUGUGUUAUAAAAAUCAAUGCAUAGAUUGUUUUCACAUUGUGUAGUUACGUAAAAGCACAAAGUCACUUUAAUGAAGUUUUAAAGCAGUAAAUCUAGGCAUCAGGAAGAGAUUCGAGUGGAAGUGUUAAGCUCUGUUUUAGCUCUGGAACACGACACAUCGUAUGGAAGAGGAACAUUUAUUUAAGACAGGUUUAGAGUUAGUUCCUCUGCUCUUUCCUGUUUAGCAUCAUAAAAAGAUUUUUGGCUCGUC